CCCGCAAAAGGGAGGACACGAAAAAGGCGUAACAUUUGCUGAAACGAACCAGACGCUAUCGCAGUUAUCCAAUAAAGUGCUGAAAGGUGUUUCUGCCCUUUGUUGCAAGGAUCCUUAUCUGAUUCAGGAAAUACAAUAGUCCAUCAGGAUGUCUUUAACCAACGCUUACCUCGCUGAGCCUGCCUUUCCAAUCCUUGCCUCCUCACUAAUUUCAGAACCAUUCCCGGGAGAAGCAAAGAGGGCUUCUGGGAAGGUAGUGAACAAUGCCUCCCCGCGGGGCGACAGCCAUCCUUCGCGGGAGUGGAGUCUCAAGCAUGACAUCAAGAACGGUAUAGGGAGCGACAAAGACAGCGUUUUCAGAUGUGGCACUAUUACAGGCUUUUCCAGACUGAGGGAAGGAAAUGCGGAUGAAGACAAGGGACGAGUCUGCGAGCUCCCUCGUUAUCUACUGUCAACACAUCUCCGUAGGACCAGCCCGAAUCAUCCAUCGGAACCAAGGGCUUUCAUCAUCCGAUCUCCAACUUCUAGUGCCUUCUCACCGGAGACACUACUUGGCUCACUUCUUUCCUGUCAUGAUGAACCGCACUUAUCACGUGAGGAGGCCGUUGAGCUUCUUGAUUCAGUGCAGAUUCUCUCCGUAUUGGAUUUCACUCAUGUCAUACAAGCCAUCAGUAAUGUGUCUGAUGCCCUGAACCGAAUUCAGCAGCAGAGACACCAGCUCAGAGAGAACCAUGGACAGGUGUCGUCUUCGGACAACUGCAAUAGCCCGGUCCUCCUCAUUAUCGAGGGAAUAGAUACUAUGGCUGAUGGUCUUAUUCGCACCUCAAGCCCGCUUAGAGGCACGGCUCUACUAGUUCCGGUACUACGUACUCUGACAUAUCUGUCGCGGACAUAUGCGUCGUUUCUUUCUGUGAUGCUUGUCAAUACGAACACGCUCGGAUCAAUAUACCCAAACAGAAGUGUGAACCCUUCGUCACGAUCCUCUGGCCAAGGGCAACAAUUCAAUGUCGGGGACGGAGAUGGUGAUCGAAACGAGGGUAUACAUUCCGUCUUUUUGCAUCGUGCUACGUCGACGACCUUGUUACCCACCAUCCUAUCUAGAUCCCUCGAUCAGGGUAUCGACACCCACCUGCUUCUUUCCAAGGUAAAUGGUAGAAACGUGGUCGAGGUUGUCAAGGAUCGAGUGGGAAGUGGUGUAGGCAGGUGGUGUGUCUGGGAUCGAGGUACAUGGGAAGCCCUUGCUGCGCCAUUAGACUGAGCGCUGUGCCGGAGAGAACAUAUGUUCAUGGAUGCAAAGACAUUUUUUAUUAUCUGCAUACAAUUACCUACCACGUAUGUGAUAGGUACGUCCGCCUCGGAAGAUAAA